CGUUUUGAAAUAAACAAUACUCCAGGCAGCCCCAAAAUGGGUAAAACAUCAAAAGUAGUGAUAUGCGGCAUGAAAGGGGUCGGUAAAACCGCAGUUUUGGAGCAAGUCAUUUACGGUAAUAUAACCUCGAAGAGUGAGUUACAUUCUACUAUUGAAGACAUUUACGUCGCUAAUAUUGAGUCGGAUAAAGGCACAAGAGAAAAAGUUCGUUUUUAUGACACUGCGGGCCUUGAACCGCUCCAAACGGCCACAGCUAGUGGAACCACCAACCAGCAGCUCCCCAGACACUAUUUGGCGAUUGCUGACGGUUAUAUUUUAGUUUAUGAUACCGAGAAAUCAGAAUCACUUGAUAUGUUAGUGUCACUCAAGAAGGACAUUGAUAAGAAUAAAGAUAAAAAAGAGGUUACUAUAAUUGUGAUAGGAAAUAAAUUUAAAGAGACUGAAAAUACGGAAUUUGACUCUACGUUGAGUAAAGCCACGGCCUGGUGCAAUAGAGAGAAAUUGAGGCAUUUUACGGCAUCUGCAAUGCACAGAAUUACGUUAUAUGAGCCUUUUGUUCAUAUCACGAGUAAAUUGAAUCCUCCACCUAGUAAAAGUACGUUUACGCCUUUAUCUAUGGGUAGAAAGGUCAAGGAUCAAAGUUAAUUUUUUCAAAUACUCAAGACUAAAUCCUGAAGCAUUUAUUUAUUUUAUUUAUUGAUUUAUGUAAAUCAUGAAUCUGUUUAUAAUAAAGAUUUUUUAAAAAA